AUGAGUGCGUCACCCUCCGGUGGCCCUGGCCCGAAUGGUCAGAGACCAACUCCUCCUCCUGGCGCGCCGUCUCUGCGCAGGCUGCGCAAGCCAGUCAACCCUCUCGUUGCGCCCAGAAGACCCGUGAAGCGGCCUGUUGCCCCGAAACCUGCCCCUCUCGACAAGGGUUCUUUGACCGACAAGAGAGGUGGAAAGUCUAAGCAACCCGAACCUCCUUCGAAACCAGGCCCAACCUUUGAUCACCUGCGCAGACAGAACGAUGGAUGGUCGAGGCCCAAACCGCCCGGGGCUGUCGAGUAUCCUCUGUUCAUCACCAAGAAGGAUCUGAAGGGAGGCCUUCGUUUCCACAUCAUGAGAUUUGCACCUUCCAAGGGUUCAACUGACGAUAUCGAUCCGACAAACCAGCAAAAGUUCACUCGCCCCGUUACGCUGCAUCGACGCGACCCGAGGCAACCGCCGCCGGGUCGUGAGGUCAAGGAAGAAGCCCCCGAGCAGCCCCCGGCCAAUGCGGAGGAUGAGGAAAAGCUCGCAAAGCAGAAGGCCGAGAGAGAUGCCCAGCGGGCCUUGGACGAUGCGCAAAAGGCCCCUGUCACCAAGGAGCUUGCGCUCAAGCGACAGCAGGGCAAGCAGAAGGAGCAGAAGCCUUUUGUGCAAGUUAACUAUCAGGCGCGCACCGAGAAGCAGAAGAAGGAGCAAGAGAUCAGAUAUGUAGAAGCUCUACCUUGGCACUUGGAGGAUGCCGACGGCAAGAACGUGUGGGUUGGACAAUACGAGGCACCGCUGUCCGAGUCAAAGGUGGCCUUGAUGAUCCACAAUGGAGGCUUCCGCAUGGUACCUCUGGAGAAGUGGUACAAGUUCACGCCAAAGCGAGGAGCAUUCAAUCACAUGAGUAUCGAGGAGGCAGAGAAGGCCAUGAGCAGAAAGACCGCUCCCGCGCGCUGGGCCAUAAGAGAAACAGACCGGAAGAAUGCGGAACUUGCUAUGGAAGAAUCACGAAAGAUUGUCAACGGGCGAGCGGCUAUCAAACAAGAGAGCAACACGUUCCAGCAGUCUUCUCGUGGAGACAAAAUGGACCACGACACCCUCGACCUGUCUGGGGAUGAAUUCCAGGAUGAUGACGAGACCGCAGGCUUCGAACCUGACCGGGAUGAAGAGGUCAAGGAUAGUAAGGAAAGAGUCCGUCGUGAACAGCUUGGAGCGAACUUGUUCGGUGAUGCCGAUGAAAACAAGGUCGAGAAGGAAGAGGCUUCUGUGAAAAAAGAAGAGGAAGAGCGAAAGGUUCUCGGCAAAUCACUCAAGAAGGCUCUCAAGAAGCGCGAUAAGCAAUUCCAAUACGACAGCGAUUCGGAUUCGAACCAUGACCCUUUUGCUUCGUCGUCGAGCGAGUCUGACUCCGACUCCGAGAGGGAAAGAGAGAAGGAGAAAGAAAAAGAAGAGGAUAAGAAAGGCGAUAAGGGGGCAUCUUCUAAGGGAAACAACACCCCUCAAGGCAAGAAGGCAGCUGCCGAAGCAGCAAAGAAAACCAAGUCUCUCAAGCGGGCCGGAUCUCCAAUGGUCUCGGAUUCUAGUGGCGCCGAGUCUACCCGCAAGAAGAAGAAGCUGGAGACUGGUGCAUCCAUGGCCGGAAGCCGUGGCAAUACUCCUUUGCCCGCAAACCAACGCAUCCGCUCUGGCGCUGGCUCAACUAGCGAUGGCGAGGCUACGGCUGGUGAGAUGUCCGAUGGUGCAGGCGGCAAGAAGAAGAAGAAGCGGCCGGUGCUGGGAGCGAGCGCACGCGGCACUCCUUCGGGAUCACGAGCUGGUAGUCCCGUUGCGCCUCAUGGCAGCAAUGUGGUCGGGAGCAAGCCCACGACAUCGUCUGCCCGGGCGGCCUCUCCUGGCUCGCCGGCUCAGGGUCAGAGUAAGGAAGUGAUUCACCCGAUCUCUUCACAGGAGAUUAUCGAUGCGAUGCCGCCUCAUCCUCAAGGGAUCUCUGUCGGUCAGCUGCUCAAGAAAUUUGAGCACCGUUUAGAGAAACCUGGAUUUCCGACCAGGAAGUCGUGGCUGGAUCAGGUUAAGAUGUGUACAGCUUGGGACAAGACCCAGAAGCUGUUGCGCCGCAAAGCUUAG